AUGUUGGUAAAACCUGUAAUCCAUAGUAGGAUCAACGUAUCAGCAAGAUUCAAGAAACCACUUCAGGAACCCUGUACUAUCUUCUUGAUCGCUAAUGGAGACCUUAUAAGCCCAGCAUCACGCCUCUUCAUCCCCAGAAAAGCCUUGAGUCAGUGGGAUCUUGUCCUUGAAAUGGUCACAGAGAAAAUAACCCUAAGGAGUGGAGCUGUACAUAGACUUUAUACAUUAGAAGGAAAACUUGUCCAAAGUGGGUCAGAGUUGGAGAAUGGACAGUUUUAUGUAGCGGUUGGCAGAGACAAAUUUAAGAAAUUGCCUUACAGUGAAUUACUUUUUGACAAGUCAACAAUGAGAAGGCCAUAUGGUCAGAAAGCCUCUUCAUUACCUCCUAUUGUUGGAUCCAGAAAAUCUAAAGGGAGUGGAAAUGAUCGUCAGUCCAAGUCAACUAUUGGUUCCAGUGACAAUUCAUCCCCUCUGCCUCCCAAGAGAAGAGGAAAGAAAGAGGAACUUUCGCAUUCAGAAAAACCUGGUAAAGUGAAACAAAGUACAAAUCCAAAGACACCAACACCUGUGGUAACACCACCAAACAACGAUGAAGGCAUUUUCAAAGCGGGAGCAGAGAGAUCUGAAAUGGAGGGGGCAGCAGAAGUCCAGGAAGAUGAAGACACUCAAGUUGAGAUUCCAGUCGAUCAGAGGCCAGCAGAAAUAAUAGAUGAAGAAGAAAGUGGAGGGAAGGAAAAUGAGGAAAUCGAGGGAGAGAAGGAAGAUUUGCCAGAAUUAAAUGGUGAUGGUGAUGAGAAAGAUGUCAAGAAAAGCCCUGAAGAGGGGAAUGUUGACCCUCCUCGAGUAAAUGGCACAAACGAAGAAAAUGGUGAGGAACUGGAUGAUGUUACCGACAGUGAACAUCAUCAGAAGACAGAGGAAGAGAUUACAUUAGCACGAGGUGAUGGUGGUGGUCGAAAGGAGGAUGAAUCAGAACCUCAAAGACCACCAAGGCCUGAAGUAAAAAUCACUAGUCCACAGGAAAAUGAUAACAAUGAACCAAACAAGGAGUAUGCUGCUGUGGCAUAGAUGCUUAAAAAUGUGGAUUAUUAGAAAAAUUAAGGGUUUCAUAUGAUACUUGAAUUUUAAACACUGUUAUUUGUGGUUGUUACACAUAAUGUGGCAGUAUGGCUGAAUACUACCUAUUGAAUUUCAAAAUUAUAAUGGAGAAUAGCAAGAAUAAUCAUAUUAAUAUCUAAAAUUCUUUAGUCGGUAUGUGUGUGUAUGUUUUUUUAAGCCAUCUAAAAGAGUUAAAUGUUAGGAAUUUGGGUGACCCUUCCUCCUCUGUAAUAGGGUAACAAUCAUAAUUGGAUAAAUUUCAAUGUGCCCCAACUCUAGAUUUUUAAUAAAAAGAUUGUUAAAUAAAGAGACUAUUUUAAAAGUCUUAUUCAGAAAGGCCCAGAAUACUUUGUGAAUUUCAAUGGAAAAUGUAUGUAACAAACCUUAGGGUAAUAAACAUUAGAA